CAUGGCUACCUCAAGAAGCUAUAAGAGGCUUCUGUAUGCCUGGGAAGGCUGGCACAACGCCUCAGGGGUCCCACUCAGAUCCCUCUACUCUGAGUUUGUGGAGCUCAGCAACAAGGCAUCUCGGAUGGACGGCUUUAACGAUACAGGUGCAUACUGGCGGUCCUGGUACGAAUCUCCAACCUUUGAGCAAGACCUAGAGAAUCUGUUUAAACAGCUGGAACCUCUCUACCAAAACCUGCACGCCUUUGUCCGCCGAAAGCUCUAUAACUACUACGGUCCUAAAUACAUCAACCUCAAGGGUCCCAUCCCU